GCGAGCUUCUUUAGUGCCGCCAUGGAGCAGACAGAACGUGAGGAUGCAGGCGAGAUGAACGUGAAGCAAAGCGAGAAGGCGGACGUUGACUAAUUAAAAAGGUUGCUUGGUUCCGUUAGCGAGGAUUUAAGCAACGUCUGGACUCCUGCGCACAUUUUUCGCUGCUCCGCAUUUCGGUGUUGGGAAAGGCAGGACCGUCCGCAAGGGACACAUUGGAGUUGGACUGAGAAGAUGGCGUCUUUGCUGCCAUUCCUGAUCCUCACCUCGCUGUUUCUCACGGCUUUUGGUGGGGACGUGUGUGUAUCUGGUCAUGACAGUGGGCCAGUUUUUGAAGAGCAACCAAGUAGUGUCAUUUACCCAGAAGGUCUGAGUGAAGGGAAGGUGGUUCUCAGCUGUCAGGCCAGGGCCAGUCCAGCUGCUUCCUACAGGUGGCUGGUGAAUGGCACCGAGGUCCCAUUGGGUUUAGACCUCCGUUACACUCUGGUCGCUGGCAACCUGGUGAUCAGUAGACCAGAAUGGAGUCGAGACACAGGUUCUUAUCAGUGUCUGGCCAUCAACCGCUGUGGAACCAUCAUCAGCAGAGCAGCUAUUCUUAAAUUUGGCUACCUUCAUGACUUUCCUCCGGACAGCAGGAGUCCUCAGACAGCUUAUGAAGGCGCUGGGACAUUCCUCGCAUGUCAGCCACCCCCACAUUAUCCAGCUCUGUCCUACCGCUGGCUCCUCAAUGAGUUCCCCAACUUCAUCAAGAAAGAUGAUGGCCGCUGGUUUGUGUCCCAGGUAACAGGGAACCUGUAUCUGGCCAAAGCAGAGCCCAACGACACCGGAAACUACUUCUGUUUUACCACAAUCAACAUGGACAUCAGCACCAAGAGCACCUUUAGCAAAGCCAACCAGCUGACUGUGCUGCCUGAUGUCAAUGUAAGGAAGUCAGUUCCAAGCAUCAAAGUUCGAUUCCUUGCAGAGAACUACGUCCUAGCAGGAAACACUGCCCAGCUGGAGUGCUUUGCCUAUGGGAACCCUGUUCCAAAGGUUCGAUGGCGAAAGGUGGAUGGACUCAUGCCAUCCAAGGCAGGUUCUAGUGUUGAAGGUCCUACUCUCAUUCUGCCAGACCUCUCCUUUGACGACGAGGGUGUCUACGAGUGUGAAGCCUAUAACUCGCAAGGAGUUGAUACGCACCAGGGCCGCAUCAGUGUGCAAGCUCAGCCAGAGUGGUUGCAGGUGAUGAGUGACUCGGAAGUGGAGAUCAGUUCAGAGCUUCACUGGAGUUGUGUGGCUGCUGGUAAACCACGACCUUCCAUUCGUUGGCUCCGUAAUGGACAACCUCUCGCCACACAGGACAGAGUACAAGUGAAUGGAGCUCGUCUCAAGAUUAGCAACCUCGCCUUGGAAGAUUCUGGGAUGUACCAAUGUGUGGCCGAGAACAAGCACGGAACCAUCUACUCUACUGCUGAGCUACGAGUCCAAGUUCAGGCUCCAGACUUUCGGUUGAACCCCGUGCGGAAGCUGAUCCCAGCAGCCAGAGGGGGACAAGUGAUGAUCGAGUGUCGCCCUCGAGCUGCCCCAAAGCCCAGCCUGUUCUGGAGUCGUGGGACAGAGUUGCUCACCAACAGUAGCAGGGUGACCGUGACUCCAGACGGGAUCUUGUGGAUCACCAAUAUCAGCAGGGCAGAUGAAGGCAAAUACACUUGCUUUGCUGAGAACUACCUGGGCAAAGCAAACAGCACAGGACACCUGUCUGUCAGAGACGCCACCAAAAUCACACUGGCUCCCUCCAAUGCCGACAUCAAUCAGGGCGAGAAUGUAACGCUACAGUGUCACGCCUCCCAUGACCCUACCAUGGAUCUGACCUUCACUUGGGCCCUCAAUGGGGCUCUGCUGGACCUGGAGGACUCGACUGGGCCCUACCAUCGAGUGGAGGGCAAAGAAAACAUUGGAGAUCUGUUUAUUGUGAAUGCUCAGCUGAGUCAGGCAGGUACUUACACCUGUAGCGCUCAGACUGUGGUGGAUGGUGCUUCAGCUGUAGCCAAACUCGUAGUACGAGGUCCCCCAGGACCUCCUGGAGGUUUACUGGUAAGGAAUGUUGCAGAGACCUCAGUGGAACUGAAAUGGAGUCGUGGUUAUGACAACCACAGUCCCAUUGGCAAUUACGUGAUUUUGGGCCGAUCGUCUCUGUCAUCACAGUGGAAGCAGAUGAGGACCGAGCCGGUGAAUAUAGAGGGAAAUGCGGAGUCUGCUGUCGUGAUGGGCUUAUUACCUUGGAUGGAUUAUCAAUUCCAGGUCAUCGCCAGCAACAUCCUGGGCAGUGGAGAGCCAAGCAUGCCGUCACAAACCAUCCGCACACAACAAUCACCUCCUUCAGUGGCUCCAAGUGGACUCGGAGGAGGAGGAGGAGAUGGAAAUGAGCUCAUAAUUACGUGGACGCCCAUGGCCAGGGAAUACCAGAAUGGUGAUGGUUUUGGCUACACCCUGGAGUUCAAGAAGAAAGACACGUCGUCAUGGACAGCGGUACGCAUUCCCUUGGUGGAGUCAUCCCGAUAUGUGUACUCCAACGACUCCCUGAUGCCGUACACGCCCUUUGAGGUGAAGAUUAAAGCUUACAACCGCAGGGGAGAAGGUCCAUUCAGCCAGAUUGCUGUUGUCCACUCUGCUGAGGAAGAACCAACAGUUGGACCUCUGAGCAUCAAUGUGACUGCACUGACAGCUUUCGACAUCCAGGUGUCAUGGGAGCCGGUCCUGCAACCCAAUACCAACGGCAUCCUCAGAGGAUACGAGAUUCGAUAUUGGCGCCAGCAUGAACGGGAAGCGGCGGCAGACCGAGUGCGGACAGCAGGACUCGAAACAACAGCUCGGGUGUCUGGACUUCGUCCUAGCACGCGAUACCAUGUUGCAGUCGUGGCUUAUAACAGUGCAGGCACGGGCCCUCCAUCGCCCCGCUCCACUGUCACCACCAGGAAACCACCUCCCAAUCGCCCUCCUGGAAAUGUGUCAUGGAGGACGGAUGGUGGGUGGGUGACUGUGAGCUGGGACCAGGUGAAGGCCUUCCACAAUGAGUCUGCUAUCCUGGGCUACAAGGUUCUGUACAAGCAUGAAGGCCAGGCAGUUCUGAAGGUGGUGGACAAGGCCAAGACAUCAGUGAAGCUACCGCUGCCCAAAGACAACGGAUACGUGGUAGUGGAAGUGCGGUCCUGGGGUGAGGGCGGCGACGGACCUGCACGUGAGAUUAUAGUCUCACGCGACUCAGCAUGGAGUCAGCCAUGAACAUGAAUUAGUGAAAAAAGUUCUCCUCCCAUUACGUGUGGCAGUGGAACCAGCAUGAUGGUGCAAAACCAGGCCACGGCGUGUCGUCAUCCAAUACAUCUCCUCACUGGCUCGCUUCUUUUUGUUUUUCUGUCAGGACUGUGAGUUCAGCCUUUUGGACUUUUUUUCUUUUCUGAAUUAAAAGUUCUUUUGUGUUCAGCCUGUUUGGCAUUUGGCAGCUGGGGACAUUUUAACCCUGCAGGAGGUACAGUUUUCAUAUUUGUGUUAGACAAACUCAAAUGUCAUUUUUUUAAUGGGCAAGGCAAGAGUCAAUGAAUGUUUUAUGAGGGACAUGAGGUGUGACCAGCUAUACUUUCAUCUGCAGUAUUUACAGCGUACAAGUAUUUGGACGACUGAGUGGAAAUCACAAUAAACAAAAGUAAAAACAAGAUGCCAUAUUCAUCUGUCAUUCACAUACACAAAAUGAUGUAAAGUGGUUUUCGUCAUCAUUUGUUCCAAAAUAUCAGUCAAAAACGCUUUCAGGAAGCUGUGGUGAUGCAGUCGUAUUUCCUAGUUUCCGUGUUACCACGGGAAACUCAUGCAUGAUAUGUUCAUGAACUUCUGUACUCAGCUGCAACGUCAUUUUCAGACUUUUCGGAAUGAAAAACACACCCACACGGUUGACAUCACUCCAACACCUUGCUAAAAGGCUAGCUGUUGUGAUCACAUGGGUUCUUUAAUAGAAGGGGUGCUGCUGGAUAGAACUGCUGAUACCAAGUCUGGAAUGGACUGCUUGUAUCGGAGUGCCAAUGUCAGAGAUUCUAGAUGGAGGUUCAUUCAUUCAUUCAUUCAUUUUCUACCGCUUAUCCUAACGAGGGCUGCGGGGGUGCUGGAGCCUAUCUCAGCUGUCUUUGGGCGAGAGGCGGGGUACACCCUGGACUGGUGGCCAGCCAAUCACAGGGCACAUAUAGACAAACAACCAUUCACACUCACAUUCAUACCUAUGGACAAUUAGGAGUCGACAAUUAACCUAGCAUGUUUUUGGAAUGUGGGAGGAAACUCGGAGAUAGCCGAGGGUGGAAUUGAACUCAGGUCUUCUAGCUGUGAGGCCUGCAUGAUAACCACUCAACCAGCGCGCAGCUCAUGGAGGUUCAUAUCAUCUGGUAUUGGGGUUUUUGGCUGAUAUCGGACCGAUAUCCGAUAUCAUUAUCGGAUCAGGACACGCCUACUUAGAACCUCCAUAAGAUCCAACAGUGCAAAAUAUUUUUUUUUGAUCAGGAGUGCACAUCUAUUCUUUCCCCAUAACUUUCACAUAUCUUCUAUCACUAUCGCAGGGUGCUCUGUUGGGGUGCCACAGGGUGCCAUGUGAUUUUGUGGAAUGAUAGAGUACUGGGUAAACAGGCUAAUUUGUUUAUGCAAAUGUCUACUUAAACUGAGGAAAAAUUGGAGCAAACAUUUUCCAUGUAAAGCCAACCAUACAAAAGCUGGGGCAAAAGUGCAGUAAUCCUUUGUUUAUCACGUAUAAUUAUUCCCACAUUCGACCAUGAUAAGUGAAUUUCAGUGAAGUAGUAUUUCAAAAAUAGAGACCCGGUUUAAAAAUGUUUUUAAUAUUAUCAGAGCCCUCUAGACAUAAAACAACACCCCUACAAUGAUCUUUAUAGUCCUAUUACCCAGUUACUCUUAUUUGUAGAUGUAACAAAAGAAAAUAAGACUUGAAUAUUGACUCACACGUUAGUAUUGGGAGACUUCCUUGUUAUUCUUUUUGUAGUUCCUGUUCUGUAGAGUACUUCCUGCAGUGGCUGUUGUCCCAUCAAUGUAACAUUACUGACACCUACUCACCAGUGUCGAAUUACAUACCAACAUGUUGUCUUUGAAUGCGUCUUCUGAAUGCCUGUGUAUAUUUGUAUGAUACUUUAUUUAGCCAUUGUUAUGCUUGAAAAUGCUUCAUUUAGGCAAAUAAUCUGUAAAGUUAGACUAAAAAUGCAUAUUUUUGUCUAAUUUUAGGCCAUAUUCAACCAUGAACAGGAUUUAUUAAAAACUGAGAGCAGGAGGCCGUGAAAUUUGAAGCGCAAAGAGCUGACAGGUGUAAAUAUCAGCAUAAUUAUUUUGACUUGAAGUUUAGCAAUGAUCUUGAUUUCAGGGCUUAUCUCACACAAAGAACACUUCCUGUUAGUAACAAGUGUCAAAAUAUUUCAUUCUUGAUUGAUCCAUUCCAUCCAUGGUGGUGUAUCAACAAUAUCCAAUACAGUGGAACCUUGGUUGACGUUGAAAACCUGAUUGUUGCCAAAGACACGAUGUGGCAGCAAGAUCAACAUGGACCAGACUGGACCGCUUUGCUAUGAGUUAGUUUUUAGUGUUAGAGUUAGUUUUUUUUAGUGUUCAUUCGGUUGGACUCACUCAGUGUAUUAAUAACACGAUAAGAUGAGCCAUUUUGUGUGCUAUUCGAAAAAAAUUAUGAAAACCAAGACAAAAUCUUACCGUAAAUUUUGGACAUUAUCCAUGCUGACAUACACUAACCGAGGUUCCAUUGUACUUGUGCCAAGACAAACACAGUGGAAUUGACAACAUUUUCGAUCACCCUUAACUGGGACCAGUGACGUGUGGUCAGGGGAGGUAGGUGAGGCAUGGUGGCCCCAUAGUAGUAUAAAAAUGCAAUAUCAAAAAUAUGCAAAUUUUGUUUUUUCCCGAUCAUGAAAACCGAUAUUAAAAAAACAUAUUCAUUCAGGAGAUAUGUCAUGUUACACAUAUCGGUAUCGGAAAUUGAGAGUUGGAUAAUAUCGGCAUAUCGGUUUUCAACACGGGCUCACGGGGGUGCUGGAGCCUAUCCCAGCUGUCUUCGGGCGAGAGGCGGGGUACACCCUGGACUGGUCGCCAGCCAAUCAUAGGGCACAUAUAGACAAACAACCAUUCACACUCACAUUCAUACCUAUGGACAAUUUGGAGUCACCAAUUAACCUAGCAUGUUUUUGGAAUGUGGGAGGAAACCGGAGUACCCGGAGAAAACCCGCACAUGCACGGGGAGAACCUGCAAACUCCACACAGAGAUGGCCGAGGGUGGAAUUGAACCCUGGUCUGUGCGCUAACCACUAGACCGCCGUGCCGCCCUGAAUUUGGACAUUUCCGCCAAUAAUACAAUAUAAUAUUGCAGAAACAUUUAUGAUACACCAUAUUCUACAAUGUGUGUAUUUUUAAUGUAAGUGUGUCCCUCACCAGCCAUGAACUUCACCGCACGUCACUGCUCUUGUCACAUGAUCUACUAUGAAAUAACCAGCAGACUGAUUGGAAAAGUCACGGUGACAAUAUGGAAGUGUUUUUGCUGAUACAGUAUGAGAACAGUCUGUCCUUGUCAUUGUAAUGCUGUCAGCAUCUAUCAGCUCUUAUGUAAUACUUUGUCACAUUUAUGACAGCAGAAAGAUUGUUUCUUUUUGGGAUAAGAUCCAAUGUACAAACUUAUUUUUCUUCAUGGUAAUAUUAUGUCAUAUUAAAAGGUCGGGUUACCAUGAAAGACCAAAAUAAAGACAAAAGCAUCUCUGAGUUCAUUGU